AUUUUAAUAAAUAUUAUUUUAUUGUAAAUGAAGUUGUUAUUUCAUAUGCUUGAUUUAUGAAUUAAAGUCCUAACUUAUAAGAACAAAAUUAAAAUAAUAUCGCGGUAAAAUAUGUUAUUAAGAUAUUAGCGCCAUGUGCAAGACAAAGAUAAUAACACCAUUUGUAUGUGCCAUCUCGUUUUAACAUGCUCUAUCGGGCAACCCUGCUUGGUGAGUAUUCCAGUUAUCAUAUAGAAUUCAAUGAUUUAGAUAUUCUUUAAUCAUGAUUAUAAGUUCAGCUCGUAAUUCGUUGUCCGUCGUUAUUAGUACAAACAGCUGUUCUCGCGUUAUGAAACUGUUAUCGCGCGUAGUCCAAAACAAUGACAAUUCCGCGAUUCGAGGAUAUUUUCGGGUAAACUAAAAUACCUAUGAGUAUAUAUUUUUAAAGAUUUUGGUUGCCUCGGUCGGUAGGCUGACAAUAUCUAACUUGUCACGAGUUUUUGGAAUUAUUCCACGACCGCGUAACCUCCUCGUAAGUAUCUUUCCGUCUUAGUAUCGUUGUGUAGGUACUGUUGGUCACAAAUUUUAGGAUGAUUUUAGAUAGAAUUAGAAUAGAAUUCAUUAGUGUUCGAAGAAGGAAUGUGAAAUUGAGUAAGAUACAUAAACAAAUAAAUACAAUGAGUUCUGAAAUUGAGAAAUAUGUGAUAAAACAAAACCAACUCCAAAAUCAAAUUGAUGAGUUGUUUGCUGAGAAAAAAGUAUUACAAAACAAAAUUGACUUACUUAAUGAAUGUUUAUCAUUUGAUAAAAUAAAACGAAAAAUUUCUGAGUUGGAAAAUAAACAAAAAAUUUUGACAUCUUUAGAAAGUAUAAUUAACAAUCUAAAAAAUGAAAUUAAACCAUUGGAAUAUUUAAAACAUAUAUUGCAUAGACAACUUAUGGUUUCUACUUUAACUAGUAAUGAUUUGGAUACUCAAGAACAGAAAAAUUCAGAAAAUUCACAGUUAACUGCAAAUAGUGGAUGUGCCAUUGAAACAUUAGAUUCUUUAAGUGAUAUCAGUUCAGAAGAUAGUGUUAUGGUUUUGUCAGAGUAUGAAGUUGUUUCAGAUGAAGAUGUUAUAAGUGAUAUGGAAAAAUCUGUUUCAAACAAAGUUAUGUAUGAUGAAGCAUUACAGAUGGCAUCUAGUAUGCAUUCAUCAUUGUUUGAAUCAUUAACUAAAAAUACUGAAUCUAUUGCAACUUUAUCCAAUGUUAGUGACUUAAUGCAAGAUGUAAGUUGUGUGCAACCUAACUUAAAUGACAUUGUUGGCACAAUGAGUACAAGUAAUAAAAGUGAAGAACUUUUAAAAAUGUAUGAUGUAGUAAAGGAUAAAAAUUUAUUAAACUGUGGUAAAAAUGAUGAAGUUGAAUUGAAACAUAAUGCAGAGUAUGUUAAAUCAAUCGCACCUGGUGCUAACCAAGUGACAUUAUCUGACAAAGGAUCUAGUGAUAGACAUAACUCAUUAAAUAACAAGGAACAUAAUAUGUUGAAAUCGAGCAAUGAUUCAUGGGUUAAAGUCAAUGAAAAUGGUUUACUUGACAUUGCUCUUAAAAAUGAACCAACUGUUGACAUUAUUCAAGAAAUCAUUGAGGAUAACACAUUAUCACAAGGAAACAUAGAAAUACAUACCCAUAGACAGAAUAAUAAAUUGGCAAAUAGAUCAAAAGAUGAGAUUGAAAUACUACCAUUUAAAUUAAACACUGAAGAUAUCUCAAGAGAAUACAACAAACAAAAAGAAAAAAUUGAGAUAGAUGCCCAUAAACAAAAUUGUCAAUUGACAAAUGUUUUAAAAGAUAGCAAUGAGUUCACGCCUUUGAUACUUAACACUGGACUUAUUUCAAAUGAAUACAAUGAACAAAAAAAUAUCUUGGUAGAAACUCAUGUUGAAAAUAAUAAACAAUUAGAUCAAAAGUUUGAAUCAAAAGAAGACUCAAGUGUAAAUAAAAACUUUGAGAAUAUUUGUUAUUGUAUGGAAUAUAAUUAUGGAAAUGAAAUUCAUAAUCCAAUUUGUUUGACAAAUAAUUCAAAAGAUGAAAUUAAUUCAUUAAUGUUGAAUAUUGAAGUUUCUAGUGUCAUGAAAAAAUGUAAUGAUUUAUCUGUUAAUGGUGAUAAACCAUCUCCUUUUAAUAAUGAUGAAAAAUCCUUACAACCAUGUCACAUAGAUAAAUGUAGUAUUAUGGAUUUGAAUAUUGAACUAUCAAAUGGUAUUCGUGAUCAUGGCUUUGAGAAUUUUAUGACCUUGCAGCAGCAAUUUUUAUUUCAUUGUAUUAAUGGGCGUGAUAUUAUUUUUCAUUCAUACCCUUGUAUUGGAAAAUCAACCAUAUGUUUCAUUUCAGUAUUACAAAAAAUCAACACCAGUCUCAAUGAAUGUCAAGCCAUUAUUUUAGUUCCAACAUUAGAACUAGCAUUAUGUGGGCUUAAGAUGAUAAAAUCAUUUGGGAAAUUCUUAAAUGUUUCUACUUGUAUUGGUGGUUCCAAUGUUCCUCGUAAGGUUUCACCAGUUCCUCAUGUGGUCAUCAGUACACCUCAUGGUUUAUGUGACAUGAUCAAUUGUAAUUCAUUGUGUAAAGAUUUCAUAAAAAUACUUGUAGUUGAUGAUGCAGAUGAAAUGUUUAAUUACAAUGGAUUUUUUAACAAUAUUAGACGUGUGUUAUUAUUCCUCAAUAAUAACCCUCAACUAAUUGUAUUAUCAACUUCUAAAUUGGAGGAGAUUUUCGAUCAGUUUUCUGAAGUAAUGCAGAAUCCUGAGUACAUUAUAGUACCAGAUGAAAAACCUUCUUUGGAAGACAUUUUACAAUAUUGCGUUAAUGUACCUGAAGAAUGGAAAUUUGAUGCUCUCUAUGAACUUUAUGAAACUCUAAAUUUAAUGCGUACCGUUGUUUAUUGUAAAACAUGGAGUAAGUCUUUAGAAGUUGCAGUAAACCUGCGACUUAAAUCUUGUACAGUGUCUGCUGUACAUCAAGAAAUGGAUACUAGAGACCGAAAAUUCAUAAUACAAAAGUUUCGAUCUGAUCUAUGUAAACUGUUGAUUACUACUGAGUUGCUGAAAGGUGAAGAUUUUUCUGCAGUAUUGUGGAUUGUAAAUUAUGAUCUGCCUACAAAUUCAAAAGACUAUAUUUUUGAAGUUAAAAUUGAUGUGCCCAAUAUAUACCAAUUCAAACAAUAUUGACCAGAUGAAAACUUGGAUAGAAGAUCUAGUAUACUGUUGUCAAUAUUUUCAAUUCAUUAAAACAGUAAGUAAUCAACAGUUUUGAAGAAAACAAUGUCAUAGCUAUCAAAAAAUCGAAACAUUAAUGACAGUCAAAGAAAUGUAAUUCAAUUUAGUAUUUAUAAAAGCCAACUAUGGAAGUAUAUCAAGCUCUAUAACUUUGAAAGUUAUAUCUUCAGCUGAGGUAAUUGGUUUCGUAAAUGAUGCCAAAACUUUAUUUCAAAUAAUACAAGUAAUUAUGAAAAAGCUAUAAAGAAAAAAUUAGAAAGUUAAAAAUUACUUAAGAAAUACCUUGGGACGAGAUAUAUUGGAAUAUUUGAUGUUGAUGAAUAUAGGAAAAAUGUAUUGAAUAAAAUAUACGAUUCAAACGAUGUUGUAAAUAAAU